CGGGAGGACGGGCCCUGUUCCCAAAAGCCCUCGCCUCCCUCACCCGGUGAUCUAGAGAGCAACCGGUCAUCUCCCCCUGCCCGGUACGAUUUUCCCCAUCGAGUGUUGUACUCGACUCCUGCCUCCCUGCAGCCUCCGCGGCUCCUCCCAGGAAGUCGCAGCUGCAGCUGCAGCAUUUCGGAACCGGGGAGCGAGCGGCAUGUGUGCAAAUGCAGCCUGCGCGGUUGUGCUGGACUUUCACAGCUUAAGGCAGCGUGGCCAAGCUUGAUGUCCGUGCCCGCAGCAGUGAGACAGCAGGAGCCGUGGCAUGCUCAGGAGAGUGGGACCGUCUCUGCGUCACUUCUUGCUGGAGAGGAAGAGCAGCGCUGGAUAUAGCUCGUACUCCGGCAAGGCAAAAAUGUCAAGGCCAGUGCAAGCUCGGAGGCUGGAGGGAAUAGAUAAGAAUAUCUGGGUGGAGCUUGUCCAACUGGCUGCCACCUACUCCACGGUGGACCUGGGCCAGGGGUUUCCUGACUUUCCCCCCCCGGACUUUCUGACGGAGGCAGCUGUGAGAGCCCUCAGCGGGGAGAACCACAUGCUGCACCAGUACACCCGUGCCUUCGGCCACCCACCUCUAGUGAAGGUCCUCGCUCAGUUUUUCGGGAAGCUGCUUGGACGAGACCUGGAUCCUAUGACCAAUGUGAUGGUGACUGUGGGGGCAUACCAGGCGCUUUUCUACUGCUUCCAGGCUUUCAUUGAUGAAGGCGAUGAGGUGAUAAUCAUUGAGCCCUUCUUCGACUGCUAUGAGCCAAUGGUGAAAAUGGCUGGUGGUCUGCCCGUGUUUGUUCCACUGAGACCGAAAGCUCCGAAAGAUGGAAAAUUGAUGUCUAGUGCAGACUGGCAGCUGGACCCAGCUGAACUGGCUUCCAAAUUCAGUGAACAGACAAAAGCCAUCGUUCUGAACUCACCCAACAACCCCCUGGGCAAGGUGUACAGCCGCGGGGAGCUGGAGCUCAUCGCAGACCUGUGUGUGAAGCACGACGUCCUGUGCAUCAGCGAUGAGGUGUACGAGUGGCUGGUGUACGACGGGAAGGAGCACAUCCGCAUCGCCAGCUUGCGAGGGAUGUGGGACCGCACGGUGACCAUUGGGAGUGCUGGGAAAACCUUCAGUGCUACUGGAUGGAAGGUGGGCUGGACGGUGGGACCCAACCGGCUCCUGCAGCACGUCCGUACCGUGCACCAAAACUCUGUGUACCACUGUGCCACACUUGCCCAGGACGCCGUGGCUCAGGGUUUCCAGAGGGAGCUCGAGCUCUACGGGAAACCAGAAAGCUACUUCAUCCAGCUUCCCACGGAGCUGCAGAAGAAGAGAGACUGGCUGGUGCAGAGCUUGGAUGCUGUGGGGAUGAAACCCAUUGUCCCCGAGGGCACAUACUUCUUGGUGGCAGACAUCUCCCAGUUCAAAUCCGACGUCCCCGAUGUCCCCGACUCCGAUGAGCCCUACGACUCCAGAUUUGCAAAGUGGAUGGUCAAGAACAAGGGACUCGCCACCAUCCCGCUCUCCAGUUUCUACUGCGGGGCACACAAGAGCUACAGCCAUUUCGUCCGGUUCUGCUUUGCAAAGGAGGAUGCUACACUGAAGGCAGCAAAUGACAUAUUGCAAAAAUGGAAACAGGAGAAAACCAGUCCCUGAGCACACUGGAGAGAAAGCCAGGGUCUCUUGGUCCUCACCUGCCAUGACUGCUCUUCCUCCUCUUCCUUUGCUUGGCUACAAACUUUGAUACAUCCUUAUUUUUGUUCUUUCAACUACAUUUUCUGUCAGAUGAAUGGUUAAGGUCUGCCAGGCCCAGGGUCUGGGGGACACUUUUUGUCACUGUGAAACGGUUGCACUGUUCCUUGCAAAACACGAGUCUUCACAUGUGCUGCCAGUACUUUAUGUAUCUUCUUACUAUGUUUAAAGACUUGGCUAAUCAUUUCUGGGAUACAUCCAGGAAGACACAAGGUAAGGUUCACUCCUAGGCUCUUUUCCACCACCAAAUUCUGAAAACGUGUUUCAGGACUUACUUUUAAGGCUGUUUGGGGGGUUAUUGGCUUGUCUUGCUCCACAUACCCACUCAUGUACCCCAGAAUACAGGCCAGCAUUUCCACCAGCACCUACAUUCCCCAUGGGAACGUGCAGUAUCACCACUCGUCAGUAGGUUGAUUCUGAUGAUCCUGAAAAUUAUAAACGCAGCAAAAUGCUAUUUCCCAUAAUUAACAAUUUUCCCUUUUCUUUUUUUCUGUACGUCUCUGGGGAAAGCGACUGCAGAAUUGGUAACUGGCUCCCCCAAGAAAAUAGGCUUUUGUGUAACACCCAGUUAUUGCCAAACCUUCCCAGUGCACCCCAAACCAUCCCUGGUGCUUCGUCAGGGGUCAGCAGCACUGCACAGGCUGCAAAGCAAAACCUUCAGGCCUUUGACAAACAUAAGCAGUGGCUGGGGAGGAAGGACACGGUGGCCCAGGGGUGCUCCUGGCCCCGCAGCCUCCUGCCCGCCGGGCUGCUGGGUGGUAGGGCAACCUAAGCAGCGCUUUGAAAGUUAAUUCUUGCAUCACUCUCAAUUUUAACCUGGAUAGGAAUGUAAACCUGCAUCAUCAGUCACGCAGGAGCUAUGUGCAACGGAGUGUGCGAUAAGUAUUUAUGGCUGUUAAAUUAUUAAAGAGUAAUUAUUGCAAUUAUUAAA